GACAGCUCUGAGGGCCGUUGACCGAUCCCUGGGGGAAAUAAAAUCUUUCUCUAUUGGCUAAGUCGCAGAUUUGAUGCAACAUCCUGUGGGGAAGCUUCACGGCAGACGCGCAGUCUGAGCACAAAGUCGGUGCCCUGCAGAUGGUGCUUUCUCGCCUUUUCCUCUCCGCCUCAUUCGUUCUAGCGGGAGUGCAGGGGCAGCAUCUCCGCAUCUAACAGUUCAAGAAACAUCAGUACAAUAUCCCGACUGUGAUUGCCAAGUUUCAUCCACUGGUUACCGCAGUCUUGAAUAGAGCGGUCCCGGGAAGAUUUGUCAGCGUGCACUUUAAUUUCCCUGAAUAUUUCCGCCGAGCCAACCUGUCAAAUAAAGCUGACAUUAACAACAGAGGACUCGCUAUUGCGCUCACAACCUCGGAGCUUAAUCACGGAUAGCAUCGAACGGAUAGCGGUGUUGGAUGUGUUUCGCAUGACAGGACUUCGCUAAUUUCACAACACCUUGCUGCAGGAUUUGCACUUCGCUGUGCUGUGCUUACCUAUUAAGAAUGGGGAUCACCGUGGUUUUUGUCCUGUGCGUCCUCACCAUGCCGGUUUUCGGUGCCGGGAACACGGUUCCUAAACCCAGGAGUUGUACAGAUGUCAAGCAGUUCUACGCCGGCAAGGGUUUCAGUGUAACCGGACUGCCACAGACCGAAAUCUCCGGCGAGCACUUGCGUAUCUGCCCUCAAGGCUACACCUGCUGCACCAGUGAGAUGGAGGAGAAGCUGUCCAACCUGAGUCGAGUGGACUUCGAGCGCCUGGUCAAGGAGGAGGGACGCUCGCUCCAGAUCACCCUCAACACCCAGUACAAGAGCUUCGACAGCCACGUGCUGGAACUGAUUAACCGCUCGGAGGCCUCUCUGGCUCAGACGCUCGGGCCACAGUACCAUCCCAACGCCCGCGUGCUGCAGGACCUGUUCAGCGAGCUGCGGCGCUACUACCGCGGCGCCAAUGUCAACCUGGAGGAGGCGCUCAACGAGUUCUGGCUGCGGCUGCUUGAGCGUCUGUUCAAGGCAGGGAACCCCAAGUACGCGCUCGCCGAUGACUACCUGGAGUGUGUCACUAAGCAGUCGGAGACGCUGCGGCCCUUCGGCGACACGCCUCGCGACUCCCAGCAGAAGGUGACACGCGCCUUUGUGGCCCUGCGCACCUUCAUCCAGGGCCUGGUGACCGGAGGAGAGGUCGCCCGCAAAGUGUCCCAGGUCCCCCUGAGCCAGGAGUGUGAGCGUGCCCUGAUGAAGCUGAGCUACUGCCCCCAGUGCCGCGGAAUGGCCGCGGCCAAGCCCUGCCGCGUCUACUGCCUGAAUGUGCUGAAGGGUUGCCUGGCCAACCAGGCCGACCUUGACACCGAGUGGAGAAACCUGGCAGAUGCCAUGCUCAAAAUCGCAGACCGCAUCAAACUUACAGCCAUGGACAGAGUCAUUGAGUCUAUCCCCGUGUACAUCUCCGAAGGCAUCGCUUACCUACAGGAGAACCAGGCCGUAUUCCACAGCAAGGUGUUCCAGGCCUGUGGGACCCCCAGGGUGAGCGGAGAUGACAGCACUACCCCAGAGGAGAGGCCACUGCCCACGGUGGAGAAGCCCAAUGCUACCACCUCACCCACGAGUGAGAAACUGGUGAACGAUGUAUCGGACAAAGUGAAAGCCAUGAUGGAGCACUGGGUGAUUCUUCCCAGCAGGCUGUGCGCUGACAGAGUGGCCUCUGGGACGUCUGCUGAUGCGAGCUGCUGGAACGGCCUGAAUAAGGGCCAAGGGUACCUGCCAGAGAUGUUGGGCGACGGUCUGGCCAGCCAAAUCAACAACCCAGAAGUUGAGAUCGACAUCACCAAGCCAGACAUGACCAUCCGCCAGCAGAUCAUGCAGCUGAAGAUCAUGACUAACCGGCUGAAGAACGCGCUUAACGGCAACGACGUCGACUUCCAGGACACCAGUGAUGACGUGAGCGGCUCAGGCAGCGGGGUGUGCAGUGAUGACCUCUGCGCCCGAAUCAUCCCUGAGAUCUCCAUGCCCAACACCAACCAGCCCAAACCAGUGGCCCCGUCCGGGGAUGCCGUUAGGGCCGCGGCGAGCCAGAACCCACCUUGCGUCACACUCUGCCUGCUCUCAUUGGUCACGCUGCUGCUGCUUAGGCGAUAAAUAGCAGACGACUCCACCAAUGGGGGGACUGAGUUUGGGGGGAAAGGGAGGAUGAAUGAGGGGGGAGGGCGGAAAGGGCUGGGUUAGUUACUUUGCCAAAAAAUAUUGAAAACAAACAAAAAAGGUAACAAAAUGAACGGACUUCCUUUUUGUCCCCGAUAAAGAACAAAAAGGAAUAUCAGUAGGAUUUCCUUUUUUGUUCUUUUUUUUCGUCUUCUUUUUUUUUCUAAAUAUGGCACGACUAGAGCUGGUCUUUUUGGUGGUCUUUUUGUUUCUGGUGUUUGGGUUCCUUGAGGAAAAAACAAAUCUGUACCUAAGAAAUGUUCAUGGAAACCUCUAGACAUAGAUCUAUAUAUAUUCAAACCGAGUAACCACGCCAUGGGAGAGCUUCUUAGUAGUGUUGAGCCAAAUUUUAGUUUUUUUUUUUUGCUCCUCAAUGACAAAGGCUUUAAGAUCAUUUAUUUAUUAGAGUUAAAAAAAAGGGAGAACAGUGGAGUUCAACAUCCAAAGCCUUUUUUUUCCAUUCAUUCAAAAUGGUGAUUGCAGUGGCUCCAGUAAAGCUGUCUUGAUUUCAAGGAGCUCGUAAGGCCCUUAAAAUGCACACUUAAAAUCACGUCUUCUAAGGAAGCUGGAAUAGACCAUUAUAAUUUGACACACCAGUUCACUCUGGCUUCAGAAAGUAAACAAGUGUGGACUGUAAUCACAAUGUUUUCCCCGUCAGUAUCAGGUCCACUUGAUGUAGGCAGUAAUAGCGCAUUCGCUAUUUUCCCUUGUAGAUACACACUUUGGAGCAUUCGUGUGAAUCCACUGCAGUCCCGAAUAGUGGGGACGUUUUUGAAUCGAAAAACCUAAAUUUCAGCUCAGCGCUACCCAGCAGCAAGUAGAGGAACAGGCGUGGAUGUGAUGGUUUCAUGUGUAAAGCACGCUUGCACCCUUGGCUGUGAGAGGCUGAUACGCUUGAAAUGCGUAUGUGUGGACUGUGCGCGGUCCUGUCGAAAUGGCUGUUUUCUCAAGGCUGGGAGGGACGCGUAUGUGUGUUUCCCUGUGAGCGUGUGUGCGUGCUUGUGUGCGUGUGUGUUCGUCUUAUCCAGAAGCUCUAGGUUUGCACAGCUGAGACAGCUGGGGACCCAAACAGUGGAGUGAUGAGAGCUCUGCAGGUAGUUGAGGCCAGUUCAAUGACCAUCAGAACCACAGAACAGAAACACUGUCCCAGCUCAAAGGACCCCCCCCCCCCCAGCGGAGUCAGAAGAACGCACUGCACUGUAUAACCACUUCUUACAACAACAACAACAACAACAACAACAACAAAUGUGUAAAUGCUUCUGAUUUGCUUCUGAGUUAGAUAAAUUAGGGAUUAUAAAUAUGUGAUGACAAAUGAAAUCUCUGUGUUUCUCUCUUUCUCUCUAUCUCUCUUUUUGUUUUGCUACCCAUUCUCCUGUGUGAUGCCAACAUGCAACGUGUUCUCCCCUGAUAAUUGAGGCACACACACAACAACGUUUUUAAAAGUGUACUGCAAUGUUGUGAGAAUGUUUUUGUACUAGUUUGCUGAGGAAAGUCUGUCAGUGGAACUGAUUUAAUACAGGAUGGGAAAGGGAUAUGUCUGUUUUAAUCCCGAUGGAUUCUAAGGCUUUGUGAGAUAUGUCCCUUUUGUGGAUGGGGAUGAAAGCAUAUGUGUGUAUGCUUCCGUGUGUGUGUGUGUGUGUGUGUGUGUGUGUGUGUGUGUGUGUGCAGUAGAAUGUCUGUGCUGCACAUGUGUAGAAAGUAUGACUGUGCUUGUUCUUAAGUCACUGUAGAUGUCGAAAGUGGCAAAAAUGUUAACAAAACAAAAAGAGAUGCCUGGAAAUGUGGGGAGGCCUAGACACGACUGUGUCAGUGUUGGUGCCUGUCAGAGGGCUGCCUGGGUUAGCGUGACCUGUUCUCUGGGUGAGCGUUAACAGACGGCAGACAGUGUGUGAUGCCUUCACGUUAAGGCACUGCCACUGAGCAUGUGGUUUUAACAUGGCGCAGCACAAGCCCAGGGGUACAAAAAGAGCCACCAGACUUGGCGCAGGGGCGACGAUUCGGCCCCCUUUAGGUUUAGGUUUUAAAGAGCAAUGCUCUGACCUGUGCUGGCGGGCCCUGGUUUGAGCUGACUUUGUCAGCUUCUUGCAGUAUUUCCCCAUAGUGACAUUCCGAGGCAAAUUACAUAUGAAAAAAAAAACAUAAAAAAACCAAGAUGUAACUUGGCUGUAAAUGGCUGUCCCUCUCUCUUUCUGUCGUGUCUCACUGACAUUGGCUGACAAUUUGCACAACCUCUGUCCCUAUGCCCUAUCUCAUCACCCCCCUCCCCCCCUCGUUCCUAAAGUUAAUUUCAAUUGCUGCACUUUUCAUGACGCAUGUGGCUUCCCCCGUCCACGGGUUGGCGUCGGCCGCAUAACAACAUCACAGGAUUGGGGAUCAAUACUUGAGAAACACCCUGCAGAAAGAUCCAUCGAUCGGGACUCCGAUUUAUGUAUGCGGACAGGGGUGGAUGAGGAGAACAGCUCCAUAAAAAAAAGAAAGAGCAGUUGGAAACCAUGGGGCCCAGCAGGCCCUCUCACUCCCACCCCUGUCCAAUGUUGAAUGUGGCUGGCAUUGAUGAAAUGUGCCGAAUUUUUUGAGAAACCAUUCUGAUAUAUAUAUUUUUUCUUGUCUUCUGUUUUGUUGUUUUAAUGAGGAAACAAAAACCGAUAAAUGAAACAAUGGAGAGUUUGUUUUCAUGGCCACAACAGAGCAAGGAAAUGAGGUUGGAAAAAAAAAUAUGGAAAAUUAUGUGUCAGUUGCUGUUGUAUGUUCCUGAUACCUUGUGUCAAUUAUAUACGUCAUUAAGAUUUUCAAGA